GAUUAAUGACUUGGAAACUUUCCUUAGUGCACUUUUUUUCAUCCUUUGCUUUCCAAACUGGCAGUGACGCUCUAAACUCUGAUGAAAGCGCAAAUAUCAUGCAUGUACCUGCAGAGCGUGUGUUUGCGCCUCGGAGAGCGGACCAGGACAGUCGGACUCACCGGAGCGGAUCUCACGCAGAUGACGCACGGGUGCGUGACGGCGACAGACAUGUGCGCAAACUCUACAGACUGCGUGGGUGUCCUGCUCCUCCUGCUCCAGCUGCAGUUUGGCCAGACCAGACCCAUCGACUUCAUCUGUGACCCAGAGGCGAGGAGACGCAUGGAUGUGUCGGAGGCGCUGGAGCUGCUCAUGACGCACUGCUUAGACCAGCUGCCGUCAGCCGUCCUGCGGCCCUGUGUCAGGAUAAACAUGGCAGCGUGGAAACAGACGUCAUUACUCAUUCGAGACACACACCCAUCAGUUCCAGCAGAAGCAGGCGUUUGUACGCGACUCUCUGGACGUUCUUCUUCGAUCUCUGGGGAGCGUGAAGGAAAGUUUGUCCGCUUCCUGUCAGGUGGUCGUACUGAAGACGCUGGAGCACAGUGUGAGAAACCACCUGCUCAUAGUGGACCGUCUGGAGCGACAGAUUUCCACACUGACUCCAGAACGGGACUGUGAGGCUCAUAAAACGACCAGUUUGACUCUGACCAUUCGUUUCUACAGAAAGCUUCUGCGUGGUCCCAUGGAGCUCCUGGUGGAGGAUCUCACACACAUGUGCACAACACACACAUGAACUUCUGACACACGGAAACUACAGAUGGUCAAAGGAUCCGUCCUUUGUCUUGGAACGUCUCCUUAAAAUGAACUUAAGGCCGAUUAAAGAAAUUCAAGAAGUGGAAAAAAAUGAUUUGAUAAAAAAAAACACCAAAAAAAAAAAAAAAACACUGGAACAGGAAAGGAUUUGCUGAUGAAAUGGAAAACCAGGUGCAGGAUUUACAAAAUUCUUAAGAUCCUUUUUUUCCCCCAAGAAUUAAAAAAAAAAAAAACUAAGACAGUAAUAAGGAGAUUCCUAAGUGCAAUUCUUUAAAACAUCUCAGAUAUUUUCUUACAUUCUAAAAUAUGUUCUAAAAACUUUUGUCUAAUGUCCAGGGUUUUUUUUUUUUUUUAAUGUUUUAAAAGUGUUUUUUCUUGGUUAUGUGAAUGUUAUUGAACACAUUCCAUGGAACAAUCCAUUUGAUCAAUUUGGAAACGUAACAUUGUAACAUUUGAAUGUUCAGGCAGUAACAUUUAAAAAAAUUCAAAUAAAAGUUCAACUAAAAUGUUUCAACAAAUGUAUAAAUAAUGUUUUUGUGCUAAUGUUCUGAAAACAUUAUGAAAAACCAGAUAACUUGGAACUACAUUCUAUUAAUGUUACUGGAAAUACAUGUGUUCAUAAAUUUGCCAGAACAUUCUGAGAACAUUUCCUGUUAGCUGGAUCUUUAUUUUUUUAUUAAUAAUAAAAUGGCAAGGAUUCAUGUUUGUAUAAAAAUUAAUGAGGCCACCUUGUGUAAUGCAACAAAUAUAAAACUGUACUGUUGUAAAUCUUAAUGCAUUUGUCAAUCUAAGCAUAAAAUGUGUCAAUUAAAAAAAAAAUUGAUGGCUAUCGACGCCAAUAGCCUUGUGGACAUACAGCGCUGUUGCGGUGCGGGCGUCCCGAGUUCGAAUCCCACCUCAAGGACGUUUCCCGGUCCCGCCCCCCUUUCUUUCUCCCGCUUCGCUUCCUAUCAUCUAUGAUCUUUCCUAUCACAAUAAAGGCCAAAAAGAAACU